CAUGAGGCGCGGCCGAUGGGCCGCCCUGGUCCUGGGGCUGCUGCGCCUCUGCCUGGCCCAGGCCAACUUUGCCCCCUACUUCUACGACAACGGGGUCGGCAGCACCAACGGAAACAUGGCCCUGUUCAGCCUCCCAGAGGACACCCCCGUGGGCUCUCAUGUCUACACCCUGAACGGAACAGACCCCGAGGGAGACCCUGUCUCCUACCACAUCAGCUUUGACCCCAGCACUAGAAGCGUCUUUUCCAUUGACCCCAAUUUUGGAAACAUCACUCUGGUUGAAGAGCUGGACAGAGAGAGGGAGGAUGAGAUCGAAGCCAUCAUCAGCAUUUCCGACAGCCUGAAUCUGGUAGCAGAAAAAGUCGUGAUCCUGGUGACCGAUGCCAAUGACGAGGCGCCCAGGUUCAUCGAGGAGCCUUAUGUUGUCCUGGUCCCUGAGGACACACCUGCUGGGAGCAGCAUCUUUAAGGUCCAUGCGGUGGACAAGGACACUGGCUCUGGAGGGAGUGUCACCUACUUCCUGCAGAGCCUGCACUCCACCCAGUUUGCCGUGGACCGCCACAGCGGCGUGCUGCGCCUCCAGGCUGGGGCCACUCUGGACUAUGAGAAGUCCCGGACCCACUACGUCACCGUGGUCGCCAAGGAUGGUGGGGGGAGGCUUCGAGGGGCUGACGUCGUGCUCUCAGCCACCACCACCGUCACGGUCAACGUGGAGGACGUGCAGGACACAGCCCCUGUCUUCGUGGGCACACCUUACUACGGCUACGUGUAUGAGGACACUCUUCCGGGCUCGGAGGUCCUGAAGGUGGUCGCCAUGGACGGAGAUCGGGGCCAACCCCACCGCGUUCUCUACAGCCUCGUGAACGGGAGCGAUGGUGCCUUUGAAAUUAACGAGACGUCUGGAGCCAUCUCAGUCAUGCAGAGCCCUGCCCAGCUCCAGAGAGAGGUGUAUGAGCUGCACGUACAGGUAACCGAGGUCAGCUCUGUGGGGAGCCCAGCUGCCCAGGCCAUGGUCCCAGUAACCAUCAGGAUUGUGGACCUCAACAACCACCCACCGACGUUCUACGGAGAGAACGGGCCCCAGAACAGGUUUGAGCUGUCCAUGAAUGAGCAUCCACCCCAGGGUGAGAUCCUGCGGGGCCUCAAGAUCACUGUCAACGACUCCGACCAGGGAGCCAAUGCCAAAUUCAACUUGCGGUUGGUGGGACCUGGGGGCAUCUUCCGAGUGGUCCCACAGACAGUCCUGAACGAAGCUCAAGUUACGAUCAUUGUGGAGAACUCAGCCGCCAUUGACUUUGAAAAAUCCAAAGUAUUAACCUUCAAGCUCCUGGCCAUCGAGGUGAACACACCAGAGAAGUUCAGCUCCACCGCGGAUGUUGUGAUCCAGCUCCUGGACACCAAUGACAAUGUCCCCAAGUUCACCUCCCACUACUACAUUGCCAGGAUCCCCGAGAAUGCCCCAGGGGGCUCCAACGUGGUGGCUGUCACGGCUGUGGAUCCGGACACAGGACCCUGGGGCGAAGUCAAAUACUCCAUCUAUGGGACUGGGGCAGAGCUCUUCAUGAUCCACCCAACCACUGGGCUCAUCUACACCCAGCCCUGGGCCAGCCUGGACGCUGAGGCCACCGCCAGGUACAACUUCUACGUGAAGGCGGAGGACGUGGAGGGCAAGUACAGCCUGGCCGAGGUGUUCAUCACCCUGCUGGAUGUCAACGACCACUACCCCCGGUUUAAAAAGAGCGUCCAGAAGGAGAUGAUGGUGCUGGGGGCACCGGUGAAAAUCGAGGCCACGGACGAGGACGCAGAAGAGCCCAACAACCUGGUGGACUAUUCCAUCACCCGCGCAGAGCCGGCCAACGUGUUCGACAUCGACGCGCACACGGGGGAGAUCUGGCUCAAGAACUCCAUCCGCUCCCUGGAUGCCCUGCACAACAUCACGCACAGCGGGGACUGCACGUGGUCCCUCGAGGUGCAGGCCAAGGACCGCGGCUCCCCCUCCUUCAGCACCACGGCCUUACUCAAGAUUGACAUCACAGACACUGAGACGCUGGCCCGGAGCCCCAUGGCGGCCUUCCUGAUACACACCAAGGACAACCCCAUGAAGGCUGUGGGUGUGCUGGCCGGGAUCAUGGCCACCGUCGUGGCCAUCACCGUCCUCAUCUCCACGGCCACCUUCUGGCGCAACAAGAAGUCCAACAAGGUCCUGCCUGUGCGACGUGUGCUCCGCAAGCGGUCCAGCCCCGCACCCCGCGCCGUCCGCAUGGAGUGGCUCAAGCCCAGGCGGGCCAAGGCUGCUACCAAGUUCGUGCUCAAAGAGGAUCCUCCCAAUGAGAACUGCAACAACAACAGCCCAGAAAGCUCCCUGCCCCCCAGAGCCCCGGCCCUCCCUCCACCACCCAGCACGGUGCCCAGCACGGGCACGGCCCACUGGACUGUGCCCACAGUCUCUGGGUCACUCACUCCCCAGCAGCACCAGCUGUCACCAAAACCCCAAACCGUGGGAAGCCCCACCCAGGCAACUCUGGUCUCUGAGCUCAAGCAAAAGUUUGAGAAGCACAACAAGGCUUACUUCUAG